AGCAAAUAAUUCCUCUAUUCUGCUGGCUCCGUCAAUCCCUCGAACCAGCGCGACUCGCCGCCUUUUCUCUCGAUCGAAUCGGAAGGUGCCCUGAAAAUCCCAAUCCCGUAGCUUCUCUUGUCCAAUCGGUCAAUCAAUCAAUCCCUCUCGAUCUCAGUCGAGAUCCGCCAUCUUCAAUCUCCUCCCUCUGUUCCCGCUGGCUUUUAUCCCCACUCCUUGUGCGGUCUCAACUCUCAAUUCAGCCCCCUAGGGUUUUGCUUUCCUAUUCAUGUCCUUUCUUCGCUCCUGGAUUUUCCGAGGGAAGCUUCCAGUUCUCUGUUAGCUUGGUAGAUCUGAAUUGAUUCUUUGUUCCCUCGUUUACUUUAUUCGUUACUGCUAUCGGAUUCGAAGUUGCUUUGCGCCCUAGGGUUUCGAGAUCUCUGCUCGUCUUUCGUAUUUGCGUCGGAGUAAACCGAAAUCCGGCGGGCUUAGGCUUCUUCGCUGGAAUUCGGGAGUUUCUCGGUGCUGGAAGUGGCAGGCUGAUUGUAUUUGACUUGCAUAUAUAUAUGGCGGCAGGGAGACAUGGAGGAUAUCGCGAUAAUGAGUUCAGAGAGCGGGAUUCGGAAUUUGAGUUGUCGAGGAAGGAAUCUGCGUAUUCAAAGGAGAGAUAUGAUAGGAUAGGGAAUGGUACACAAGAGUAUGAUGGUGACCGCGUCCGAGUUCGUGAUUCGAGGGAUAGGGUUAGCGGUGGUAGGAUGAGGCAGAGGGAUGUUAAGGACAGGGGGGCCAUGAAUGGUGGGGAUAGGUGCUCGUCUAGUAGGAGCAAUUCAGGUAGUAGUGGUGGCGGUGCGGGCGGGUUGAGACCGUGUGGUUCUCUGCGUGCGACUGUCGAUAGAGAGCCUGGUGAGUUGUCUAGCGAUAGUGGGUCUGAUGGUGCAAUUGCGUCAGAAUCACGGGUCAGUAAAGAAGGUGAAAACUUGUUGAAGGUGAGAGAUAAUGUCAUGGUAAAGGCUCAUGUCGAGAAGAAGCGGAAAUUCUCUCCAAUUGUGUGGGACAGAGAUGAAAAGGCAGUGAGUAAUUCAUUGAAAAUCGGAGGUCAUCAACAGGUGGUAGCUUCUCUUCCUCCUCCUCCUCCCUUCGUGCCGGAGCUGCAAAAUGAGUCACCUGAUGUUGUUACUGAAGAGAUAACAGUAGGAAUAUCAUCCGUUAGAAGUGCUGACAAUCAGAAGUCACAAUCUUUAUCUCCUGUCAAGUAUUCCGUCUCUAAAUCUUCAGGCGAGUCUGACUCUCCCGUUGAACAGGUACCUCCAACAUCUAUGCCUGAUGAACGCCAAUUGGGCAAAGAUCUCCAAUCAGAGGCUCUAGAAGAUGAAGAUUAUGUGCCAACUCGUCAUAUAUCUUCCUCAAGAUGGGCAGCUGCUAUCAAUUCUCCUGUUGACGAAGGUGAAAUUGUAGAAGACCACGCUAUGAUUAAAAGGAGGAAGUCCUCUGAUUCUAGGUUGCAAAGUAAGUCUGUGUCCCCUGACCCUGGAAGCCUCAAGAGAGAAGGAUCUGAAGGAGGCAAGGAUAGGUUGUCUGCUUCUGAAGAACCGGGAUCUCAUCCGAGGUCCUCGAGUGGAGAUCAAUAUCCAAACAAUGAUUCCGAGAGAGAUGAAGAGAUGGAGGUUGAUGGGGAUAAUGAUUACAAGUAUAGGAACGUUGGCCACUCAGAUACUGAUUCUGAAGAUGAAGAUGAAGAUGGUUCUCAGGGAACACCUGAACCAGCUGGUCCGCCUCAGAGAAGUGUUAACAUGCUCAGGGGUUGUAGGAGUGUUGAGGAUUUUGAGAGACUUAAUAGGAUAGAUGAAGGUACAUAUGGCGUUGUAUUUAGAGCCAAGGAUAGCAAGUCUGGGGAAAUUGUAGCCUUGAAAAAAGUAAAGAUGGAGAGAGAACGAGAAGGCUUUCCUCUUACUGCUUUGAGGGAAAUAAACAUUCUCCUUUCCUUGCAUCAUCCUUCUAUUGUGGACGUUAAAGAGGUGGUGGUAGGUGGUAAUCUUGAUAGCAUUUAUAUGGUCAUGGAGUACAUGGAGCAUGAUCUGAAAGGACUUAUGGAGUCAAUGAAGCAGCCAUUUAGUCAGAGUGAAGUUAAAUGCUUAAUGUUGCAGCUGUUGGAGGGUACAAAGUAUUUGCAUGACAACUGGGUGCUUCAUCGUGAUCUUAAGACAUCAAACCUGCUACUAAAUAAUCGGGGUGAGUUGAAAAUUUGCGAUUUUGGGUUGGCUCGUCAAUAUGGGAGCCCAUUAAAGCCAUAUACUCAGAUGGUGGUUACUCUUUGGUACAGGGCACCUGAACUUCUUCUUGGAGCACAACAGUAUUCAACAGCAAUUGACAUGUGGUCAUUGGGCUGUAUAAUGGCUGAAAUGCUAUCUAAAGAACCUUUGUUUAAUGGCACAAAAGAAUAUGACCAACUUGACAAGAUUUUCAGAAUCCUUGGUACACCCAAUGAAACUAUCUGGCCUGGGUUUUCGAAGUUAUCCAAAGCUAAGGUCAACUUUGUUAAGCAUCCGUAUAACCUGCUUCGUAAAAAAUUCCCUGCAACAUCUUUCACUGGAUCACCUGUGCUUUCUGAUGCUGGGUUUGAUUUGUUGAACAAAUUGCUCACCUAUGACCCUGAGAAGCGGAUAAGUGCUGAAGCUGCUCUUAACCAUGAGUGGUUUCGUGAAGUACCACUUCCUAAGUCGAAAGACUUCAUGCCUACAUUCCCUGCUCAACAUGCACAGGACAGACGUCUGCGAAGGACGGUGAAGAGCCCAGAUCCUCUGGAGGAGCAACGCAGAAAAGAACUGCGGCAGGCGGAUUUGGGGACUGGUGGGUUAUUUGGCUAAUGGAGUAUAUUUUCCAUCCUGUCUUUUAUCUCCAUGAUUAGCUUCCACAUUGUUAACACAAUACGAGGUUAAGGUGAGGGAUAACUACAGAAGGGAAGUUGCAAACAUUGAUUAUCAGACAGUCGUUCACCCUGUUUUGCUCAUCUGGUGUUCUGAUUGAGGAGUUAUUUGCCUACUGCCAUCAAGUAGUGUUGCAGGUGUGGCAUAAUGGGUUUCCUUUCGAAAAUCAGUUUCAGCUGAAACGAGUGUAUGUAACAUAUUUUUUUCCCUGGUACAUUGUAAACAAUUUGAUCCAAAUACAUUUUAAAGAUUUAGAGCGUAUGGUUUACUGCCGAAUUGCCUGUUAUCUCUCUUUUUUAAUUUUCACAUUGUGUUUGCAAGAGACGAUUGAUUUGAAGUGGAGAAGAGAAGUUCUAAGCAUUGAUUGAUGAAGAGAUUCAAUAACCGUGAUUUGUCAAAGGUAAAUGCAUCCGUGUCCCUUACUAGCCAAGAUGACAUUUUCUUGUGUGUUGUAUACAGUUGCUUCCUGUAUCAAUUUAUCUGGCUGAUGUUGUCUGGUAACUAUGUAGUUUGUGCCAUGUGUCCCUUUGUUGUUAGUAACUUAGGAAAUUUUAUAUCUGGUUGAAGUGUAAACUUCCUUAAACCUACCUUAGGUGUCCUGCUAUUAUCAGUUCUAUUGGUCCCAUAGCAUUCUACUGCUGUGUCUGAAUUUUUGCUGACCAAUAUUACUAUCAAUGGAGUUCCAUUUGAUUUGUAUAGUUUAGACUGUUCGAGUCGUUCGCAAGCUCCAGAGUGAGCUUUAGGAUGUGCCUCAUUGUGCUUUCUUUUAACAUUUUGGAUUUUUUCACUUGUACGUGGCUCCUAUGCACUCACGUGUUACUGUAACAAUUUACUAACACUGAUUGAAAGGAACAGAAUCGUGAAUAAAAUUGUUUGUCACUGGUUGUCCUUUGGUUCCUGAAAUAGUGGCAUUCUUUUUGCAAGGGUACUGUCUUUAUUUAACUGUGUCCCGUUUCAUUUGAAUACUACAUCCUGGGUGGUGCUGACUGAUUGUAAUAAGAUUGUUUUUUAUUUUCUUUGUACGUGCGUUUAAAAAAUCACAGUACAAGCAUUGAGAGCUGUUCAAUGACUCACUCUGCUGAUCUAACUGCAGUACCAAAGACAACAGGUCCUGGAAGUUACCUGCAUACUGCGGAUUUUCUAGAACUUUCAAUUAAUUGUCACCAAUGCUCACCAAAGGUACAGAACAGCCCUUGGUUUGAUCCUCCGUCAGUUCGUACUUUCAAUUCUGCCUGCCUUGUCAAAAUCUUGUGGUUCUAUUGGACGCCGUCUUUCAUGCAAUUGAUGGUAGUUAGAAGCUGAAGCUGCAUCUGGUUUGGCUCCUUACAAGCUUUGUCGAUUUCAGUGUCCUUUUAUCUGUUACCCUACCCCACUAGAACUCUGGUUUAUGUCGUUCCUAUUAGACCUAGAGUUCCCUUUUAACAGCCAAAGAAUGAUUUUGCUUUUAUAUUCCUGUCAGUUUACGCUAAUGACAUGGUAUGUCGUAGACGUAGAGUAAGUCAUGCACUGUCUUUCUUGUUUUGGUGAAAUGUUUGGAAGGCCGACGCAGACGUUUCUGGAUGACAAGUUUUAUGGAGUUCAGACUCUGCUGAUAGCUGUUGAUUAAUGGUUUUUUUUUUUUUUUUUGCCAUUUGUUCUCCCUCUAUUUGAUUAAAACCUACUGCCUGUGUAGGCCAAUUAUAUGUAAUUGCCAGAUGCAUCAGGUUACGUGAGGGUCUUUUUUGUAGGUCAUAGAACUAGCAGCAACAUAGAAGAGGUGGGUGAAUCCACUGAGUUGCCCGAUUAUGUUGGGCCUCGGUGGUGUUUUAUCCUUGGUUCAGUUGAGGUCUUGCAUGCAUAUACUUCUGUAGUUCAUCAUUUUUAGCCCCUUUUACCCUACUCAAAAGAAUUCUGCUUAGUGUCACCUCACUUCCUUGCCCGUGUUUGGGCUGCGAGGUUCAUUAGGUAGCCAUUCAGUGACUAAAAGUGAUUGCCUCAGUUUUUUCAGCUCUUUGGCAUGAGAUGUAGAAUGAUUUGUGCAGCAGUGACUUGUCUUUUUUAGUUGGGUUUUAUUUUCUGGAAGAUGAGUUCUCUGUGUUGGGACCUGUUAGUGUGGUCUUGAACAGGAGGAGUGUUUGUUGUGUCCUAUAUACAUGGAACAACAUGGCUUUGUGUCGGGGGUCUUCCGUGGGUCAUUAAGAUACUUGCAUACUGAGAAGAGGCUGGAAGAACCAUUGGGUUACUGAUGGAUACUUAAUUCGCCAAGUCUGCAACAGCUUCUUCUACCCUGUGUACAGGUUUCAAUUAUUCCCACUGAUGCCCUUGAGAUUGGAUCUGUGAUGUCUUUGAGCGGUCGGUUGCGAUUUUUCCCUAUGGCCUUCGUCUUAGUGUCAUCCAUGCUUCUCUUUAUACAGUAGGAUGUCUCUCUUGUGCCCAUUUGGUUCUGCUUCCUGUUUUUCUGUGUUCUCUUCCCAGUUCCGACAUGUACGGUGGCCUUGCUGUGGUGCAUAGAAGUGUGGCUUGAUUCUCCGAGAGAAUCGAUUGGAAGGUGUUUGCACUGUGGUUCCAGGUUUUGAAGAGGAAUGGGAAUGCAUGGUGUUGGCCUGUAUGGUUUCCAGCGCACGGAACCUUCUCUUCCGUUGGUGGCUAGGGUGGUGGUUCUAUUCGUUUUCUGCGAAUUAGUCUUAUAAUCAUUAAAACCCUGGCUAAAUGUCAAUGCCGUAAACAGAUUUAGACGCCAGAAUCAUUGCUGCAGUGGGGUAAACAAUUUGCCUAAUAUUGUUUGAAUGGAUGAGUAAAUUAAAAAAAAAAAAAUCCAUUAUGUAACUGGCAUAUGCAAGAAUGGGCUUAAUUAUGUCCGCGACGGUCCCUCAAGUUGACCGAGUACUGCUAAUACUACCAAAAAAAAAAAAACUUUUAAUAUACUGACGUGGCCGGACUAGGGACCCACUAAUCGCCUACAACAUCGCUUAUAUAGUUAUAUAUGGAAGUAGGGCUCGUUAUUUGGUUUUACCGAAAUUGGAUCUUAUAAUUCGGACCGGAACUGAAUAGCAAAUAAUAAAAGCCAAUCUUUGGGUUUAGAUUUGAGGUAAAAAAAUCGAUUGUGACCCGACCAAAAAUCCGAGAAAGACCGGAUAAGAGAGCGCAACACCCAAAACUUAACCGAUUACUCAUUCUUUGAGUACCCAGGCUACUCAAAUUCCCACAAGUUCAAUCUAAAAUCAAAAUCGAAUUAGGAUCGGACUGGGUCAAGAUCAGACCAGUCAAAACCAGACUGUAUCCACCAAUCUUUGGUCCUUAUAUUCUCGAAAAAACUGGACUGGGACCGGAUCAAUUUGGGCCAAUUUAACCGGAAUGGACCGUAUAGCCACUCCUAUAUGGAAGAGAUGCUUGCAGUUAGGGGUGGGUAGUUUUGGUUUAGUAAAUAAGCAGACUCAUUUAAUUUUUGACCCAUAAUGCUUUGGUUUGUUGUGCUUGUGCACAUGGAAAUAAAAUAGAGAAUCACGAAAAUUUGGUUUGGUUGGUUGCAUAAGAUACAACAUUUUGUCAUGAUGAUGAGGCCUGAACCGUGAAGAGCGUGAAGUCCGGAUAAGUUUUUCCAUCUCGCCGGCAUUCAGGACAUCACGGCAACUCGAACGUGAUAAUCUGCUCCACACGUGAAGAGCAUUAAUGAAACAACACGCUUUUGUUCAAGAUCACGGUCCAGGCUUAUUGUUCACGACCAUGAACUGGGACCGUGAAAAGUCGCCGAUCUGGGUAUAAAAGGGGAGCUGAGGUGAAAGAGAAGGAGGAGAACCGAGUGUGAGAAAACUUCCUCUUUUUUAGAUUUCUAGAGAGAGAAAGUGAUGAACAAAAGAAGAUAAGAAAGUUAAGGAUUCAUCCAAGCUUCAAGAUUCGAGAUUCCCAUCCUCAAAGGUUGCUCUCCAGGCCAAGGAAGAAGGCAACCCUCUCAUGAUGGUCCCUUCUCUUCUCCUUUGUGUAUUCCCACUUCUUAGCAUGGAGUAGUUCUUUCUUUCACUUGGAUGUUUGUAAACCCUAGCUAGAAUUAUUUGAAUAUGUGUAUGGAUUGAAUAGUGUGUGGUUGUGCUAUAAUACAAGUAUUGAGGUAUUUUCAUGAAGGAUGUGUUGUGUUUUCCAAUUCCAACUCUUAUGAUAAUUUUACCUAGGUAGAGGGAAAUCCCCUUCUUGCUAAGAGGCUUUUUAAAGCUGAAAUUCCUUGGCCAAAUUGAGUCACCUACUUAGGUCGAAUUAGGAAAAACCUCAUACUACGUGUUAGCACCUUGGGUAGGUUGUAUUUUGGUCGCCCGGACUACGUUUCGAGGGAGAAGUCUAAGCAACCCUUAGUCUAUUGGCCAAGAGAGCUACUUUGGUAGCUUGAUUUGAUAUCCUUUGGCCUAGUGACCGGGAGAGUGAAGCUUGUUCACUUGUUGAGUUUAGUUUCCAUUAUUUUGAAAAGAUUGUUUGGUGUCAAAAACCAGUGAACUACUUCAUCGCGGCAGUCAAAAGAGGUGAAUGCCUCACCGCGAACGUCGGAAGCAAUGAACGCCUAACAAAGGCCAAAACUUCGAACAGACUUAACUUUGCGCUCGAUUAUCCGAUCGUAGUAAAAAAAUUAUUUCGCAUAAUUUUUCAAGAUCUUGCAAACUGCUAGCAACCAGAGGCGGUUUUGUCCAGCCUUCGUCCCGAAAAAAUGUCGUUUGUUAUCCCAAACGAGCAAUUUUUAGAAUUCGCCAAACUUUGGACGAUCAUAACUUUGUGCUCCGCAACCCGAAUGUUAUAUUUUUAUUUUAUUUUGUAUAACUUUUUAAGGACUACAACUUUUAUCGUAAACAUAUUUUCUGAAUGUAUGUGGAUUUGUGAAAAUUAAAGCUAAGUUAUUUCCAAAACCCAUUAUAUCCAAAAAGUAUUUCAUAUUUUGAAAAUUCUCUCCUAGUAUAAGUUGUAGUCUUUAAAAAGUAAUGCGAAAAAAAUUGUGACGUUCGGGUUUAGAGCACAAAGUUAUGGUCGUCCAAAGUUUGGCAAAAUUUAAAAAUUACUCGUUUGGGUUGCAAACGACGUUUUUUCGGGACAAAGGCAUGACGAAACUGCCUCAGCCUACUUGCGGCUUGCAAAAUCUUGAACAAUUAUGCGGAAUAAUUUUUUUUCCACUAUGAUCAGAUAACCGAGCGUAAAAUUAGGAUCGAGGUUUGGCUUAGUUUAGGCGUUUACCUCUUCCGACAGCUCCUAUGAAGCAUUCACCGCUUUUGAGUGCCGCAAUGAAACAUUCACCGCUUUGACAACCGCAAUGAAGCAGUUCAGCGCUUCUGACGGCCGUGGUGAAGCCCAAACAUGUGUAGACUGAGAAUAUUUCAUGAAAACGUGUGUAUUUUGGGGAAUUUUUUUAAACGUGUGUACUAUGAGAAAAAUCCCAAAUAUGUGUAGCAAAAAAUUCGAACUUCUAAAUGAGAAAAAAAUAACAUCGACAUCAAAAUAGGCAGAGCACUAACAUCAUAGUGGCUAACUCCUAAUCCUUCAAGGUGCAACCAUAUGAGCUCGAGAAAAAUCGACAGCAAGGCAACCAGAACGGGUAUGAAGCGCUUCUCAUAUGACAUGGACAACAACCAUCGCCCAACUGCUCUCAACUGGUGGUGCUUAAGUGUUUUCCGGCGAGAAAAUUUGUGUUGAAAUUGAAUUGAUUGCAACUUGACUUCUUGGACAACGAUCAACUUAACAUGGUUCACACCUCUUCAAACACAGUUUGAACGAGGGUGUUCAAUGUUUACAUGAGUCGCGAGACAGAAUCUACAUUAAAUUAGCUCUACUCCUAUGGAGGUUCAGUGAGAGCUCCAGAUCUACGGCAACUAAAAGUUGCAGAAGAAAUAUAAAAUGAUUGAAAACUUGACAAGUGGUGUCGAGUAGUGAUUUUCGCCCCACCAUUGCCUCCGGCCUCCGCCUCUAAUGCUUGGUCAUGUUCAAUGUCGGCCACAUGCUCCUCCAUAAAACCAGGCGGAACGUCACCUUCUUGAUUCCUCCUCCUCGGAGCCAUCAAAUUGAACACAGUUGUCCCACCGGGUGUGCCAAAUUAUUUUUCGACAAGAAAACUUGCGUUGAAAUUGAAUUGAUUGCACCUUAACUUCUUUGAAUAACGAUCAACUUAACACGGUUCACACCUCUUCAAACAAAGUUCGACCGAGGUGUUCGAUGUUUACAUGACUCACGAGACAGAUUUCUACAUUAAAUUACCAUGCUCUUAUGGAGGUUCAGUGAGAGCUCAAGAUCUAAGACUACGGCUAAAAGUUGUAGAGGAAAGAUGAGAUAAAAGUUAACAUUGGGUUGUCUGAUGUGAAUUUGGCCAAACCCUUUCUCUGUUAACUCCUCCUCUUAUAUAUAGCAUUUAAGUGGUAACCUUUGUAGAAAAACCGUCUGAGAGUAAUUUCCAAAAAAACUACUCCCCUUCUUCCUCGGACGUGGCUGACGUGUCCUUGAACGUGGGAUAACCAGCUGUUGUCCUGUUAACCGCAUGCUCUCUCUCUUGGAACUGACGUUUUGUUACUGGCCUCCCUUUUACCAUGGACAUUCCACAUCUCAAGACGAGGGCCUUCUACAUCUCACAACCGACAUGGUGUCUAGAUCUCGUGAUCACCUUGGUCUAUUAGACUUGACGCCAACGUCGUCUAGAUCUCGCGACUAUCCUGAUCUACUAGACUUGACGUCUACGUGGUCUAGAUCUCGCAACCACCUUGGUCUAGCGGACUCGCGAUGAGCGUGGUCUAGUAGACUCGCGACGAGGAUCUCACGACCACCUUUGGCUACCCAACUCGCGAUAAGCCCGAUCUAGUAGACUCGCGAUGAGGUCUAGAUCUCGCGACCGCCUUGGUCUAUCCAACUCGCGGCGAGAUUAGUUCCUUCCCGGAGACUUAGUGGUUUGGGCUUCAAAAUCUAGUACCAUAAGGCACAGCUUAAAUAACAUUAAUUAUGAUUAUUAAUCUGGCCUUAUAAAGACAAUAGAUGUCUUGUAAAUAACCAAAGUGGUACAAGAUUAUUUUUUAGGUGUAAACAUAAAGACAAUAAUCCUCCUAAGCGAGAACGUGACGAGAGUGAGCUGAAUGAAGAAAAGUCCAUCAUCGUUAUUCCUGUCGGAUUGUUCUGCAGAUACAUCACAGAGUCCAUAUAUUCGCACAUCAUCAUAAUGAACAUAAUUCUAUUGUCAGCAACAAUGAAUCAAAUCCUCUAGUCAUGCAACAAAGGUAGAGUAUCCGGAGUUAAAUACCACGAAGACAAAUCCCAGGAGCACAUUUUUCAGCAUCCACAAAACAGAACUAUCAUAUAUUCUGGGUUCUUUUGGUAAUUAAGAUUUCAGAAAACACGGAUCCUUUAUCAAUCCAUGUAUUUUGAAUAUGGAGUAAGGAUGAGUUCAUUGUCUAAUAGGGAAUCGAACUUACCAAAUGCUUGCCUCCUGUGGUAUGUGGUCAUGUAGGAUAUCAGAUUACUCACUACACUAGCUCUAGCCAAACUCAAUACUUGUUGCUUAGUCUUUUUAUCCUAAUUUAUAUAUUUAAUUAUUAAUCGUAAAGGUAAUUAAUUUCGUACUCGAUAAUACCGAUUGUGAUACCGAAGUACCGAUUAGGAUACCGAAGUACCGAUUGGAAUACCAAAAUAUUUAGAAAUUGAGAUUGGAAUACCAAAAUAAUUUAGGAAUUGAAAGUGAGAUUGAUUUUACGGUAUAUUUCGGUAUUUGGUAUUGGGAUACAAUACCGAUUUCGGUUUCCACACUUAAUCGGCCGUCCGUGUUUUUUUUCCGAGCCAAGUCGCGUUCAUGUUUAGAGCUUCUCUCUACGUGUACCUACAAUCAUCACAACACAUACACAGCAUCUCGGCCGUCCGAUGAGCAUAAUAAACGAUCUCCCACUUUCCGGUAGAACGACCCAUCGCUCUUCUACGUGGAGACUACGAUAAUCACGAACACCUUUGCCGCCUCCACCGUCAGAUCUCCAUCAUAAAAAUCAUUUCCCCGUCUCUCAGACGGCAUAGCGAGCGAGCUCUCCAUUUUCACCUCAUUUUCCUUCGUUAAAUUCCUUCCUUCCCUUCUUUCACACCCCGAUCGAUUCCAGACCGCCGGAACCAUCACCGGACGCCUCCGACGUUUUGCCCAUAUGGUAAGUCUCCAGAGCUCGCUCUCUUUUGUCGCAGUUUGGCUGUAGAGGUCGUCUCUGGCUCAGCUUUGGAUCGCUAUUGAUCUUAGGGUUUUUGGAUUUUUGCUCUUCUCAUUUCUUUGCCUGUUCGACGAUACUGAUGAAUU